CUUUUCUUACUCCUCCAUCUCCCCCAUAUUCUGAAUGAUAUAGUAUCCUCACAUAGACACAUCUACUGUAUUUUAUUCACCAUGCUCCACGGCAACUCGGUGAGGAUUCUUACGGGAAACAGUCAUCCCGAGCUCGCCCAAGCUGUGGCCGAGCGGCUCAAUGUACCCCUGACGCCCUGCGAGGUCAAAAAGUUCUCCAACGGCGAGGUCAACGUCAAGAUCUCCGAGUCCGUCCGAGACGAAGAUGUUUUCAUUAUCCAGUCGGCCUGUAGCGACGUCAACGACCACCUCAUGGAACUCCUCAUCCUCAUAUCUGCCUGCAAGGGAGCCUCUGCGCGGCGCAUCACCGCUGUCAUCCCCUGUUAUCCUUAUGCGAGGAUGGACAAGAAGGAACACUCUCGUGCUCCUAUCACAGCGAAGCUCGUGGCCAACAUGCUUGCGGUAGCCGGAUGCGAUCAUGUCAUCACCAUGGAUUUGCACGCCAGUCAGAUACAGGGUUUCUUCGAUUUCCCUGUUGACAACUUGUACUCGGAGCCGUUGAUGAUGGCAUAUAUCAAGCGGAAUAUAGAGGGUUGGAAGGAUGCCAUUAUUGUCAGUCCAGAUGCCGGCGGUGCGAAAAGGGUGACAGCUAUGGCGGACAAGCUCGGCCUCGAAUUUGCCUUAUUCCAUAGAAAGCGGGACGGUAAAUCGGAAGAUGCUCCAGAGAAGAUGGAACUUCUCGUCGGCGACGUGCAGGGAAAGGUUGCUAUCCUUGUGGAUGACAUGAUCGACACUGGGAACACGCUCACCUUGGCGGCUCGCUCCUUGAAGGAAAACGGUGCGAAGAGUGUGCAUGCUCUGGUCUCACACGGUGUUUUUUCCGAGACACGUAUGAGUGUCAUCGAAAACCUUCCUAUCGACACACUAGUCGUUACAAACACAGUUCCUCAGAAGGAGCACCAGCAUCUAUGUGCAAAACUACUCAUCAUCGACAUCAGUCCAACGAUCUCAGAAAGCAUUCGCCGGACCCACAAUGGCGAAUCCAUCAGCUUGCUGUUCGGCGAGUGGGCCGACGGGGGUGGGAUGAACGGGUUUUGAUUCUUCGACUGGAUAUCGAUAUGUGGGAAGCCCUUGGGCUCCGUUCCAACUACCCGAUCGCAUCGUAUUCUCGCGCGCGCAUUGUAUCAUUAAUUAUGGAGAAGACACAUUCAUAGACCAUGGC